CGGCCUCCGCUGGGCGGGGCGGUCGCGCGGUCACGUGAUGUUUGGGUUUUGCCCGGCGCUGCCCGCACACUUGCAGAUUGCACAGGAUUCUUGUCUGACGGGGAGAACAGAAUAAAAGCAACUCUACAGGACCUUGUUUCCAAUAUAAGCCUUAAGAGAAAAUCUGCAUUCACCGCCCCGUAGAAAAUGUCUUAUGGUUCCAUUGAUGGGAGCGGAUUCGGAAGCCGGAACCCCUUUGGAGGCCCAUCGAGACAAGGAUAUCAGCCCCUAGCCACCCAGAUCGAUCCCAACGAACUCCAGGAAUUGUUUCAGGAAACUUCAGCCAACAUCUUCCGAAUUAACUCCAAUGUGACUUCCUUGGAAAGAACCCUUCGAUCUCUUGGGACAUCGAAUGAUACGCAAGAGCUGCGAGAUGGACUGCAUGCAACCCAGCAAGAGACCAAUAAAACCGUUACUACCAGCACGAAAGCUAUCAAGCAGCUGUCUGAGAUUGUCAGAGGUUCAUCUAGGCAAGAGCGACUUCAGCUGGACAGGUUGAAUAACCAGCUGUCUGAUGCCAUCCAGCGAUAUGGAGCUGUGCAAAAGAAAAUAGCGGAGAAGUCCAAAGCUUUGCUUCCUUCUGGGCAGAGAAGCAGCAAACAGCAGAGUCCCAGGACCCCCUUCUCCGACCUGGCUGAUGAUGAGAAGAUUUUUAAUGGAGGAGAUGGCAUGUGGCAGAACCAGAGUCAGGAUCAAGCCCUGCUCUCGGAAAUCACAGAAGAGGACCUGGAGGCCAUCCGUCUGCGGGAAGAAGCCAUUCAGCAGAUUGAGAGUGACAUGUUGGAUGUAAACCAGAUCAUUAAAGACCUGGCCUCCAUGGUUUAUGAACAAGGCGACACAAUAGGAACCAACCUCAACAUGUUGACAGGCAAGAGAAGUUCCACACCAGAGUCUGCGAUUGCUGCUCAGUUGGUUGCUUCUGCUUCUGACCCUGCUGCUCGCGGGAAUGUUACCAUGUUCACACACUAUCCUGCUGGAACGCCACGUCAAGGACAACACUCGCGGACCAAGACAAGGAAGCCCAAUUUUAGUCCACAGGAGACUGAAGUGCUUGUGCAGAAGGUCACCAAACACUACCAGCUACUUUUUGGGGCUUUAAGGGGGACCCCUGCCAAGAAGCACAGAGUGUGGAAUAAGAUCCUACAAGCUGUCAACGUCCUGGGGUAUUGCAGGAGGGAUAUGGGGGAUCUGAAACACAAAUGGCGAGAUCUCCGUGGGGUAGUGAGGAAAAAACUUGGGGAACAUCAGAAAGCUGCAGCUGGAGGAGGGCCACCACAGUCCCUUGUCCUCACUCCAGUGGAGCGAAUGGUAGCAGAAACAUUCUCCACUGAAACCAUCCAAGGAGAGGGUCAAGGAGUUGACACCUUGAGAAAUGAGGAGGAGGAAGUGCCUGGUUGCACAUGGGUGCCUUUGAGGACUAUUGAAAUGCCUAUGCCAGCUGAGACAGAUGCGUUAGAGCAGCGGGGGGCACUGCACACCUCAGUUUCCUCUCCCUCCCCACCUUCCUCCCCACAGAUGCAGCAGCGGGCUACCUAUGGGAGGCGGUCAUCCCAGACUGCCCGGCAUCCUAAGCGGAAGUACAACGUCUCAGAGUUUGAGAAGCAGCUGAUGGAUGCCCAUCUCCAGCAAAGCACCCUCUUGUCCUCCUGGUACCAGCAGCAGAGCUCCCUCAUGAUCCAGCAGAACCUCAUCUUGGAGAACUUAGUGGAACAGAACAAGAGGCUGGCAGACAAUGUCGAGUCACUCAACCGGACGCUGGAGAAGCUGGUCGACUACCAGCAGCCACGCAGGGAGACAGUACAUUUUGUGCAAGACUGCACCUCUGGGACUUCUGCCCGUCUGCCCUCCCGGAUAGCCAGUGGCGAGUCUGUGGGGCAGUCAGGGAUCGAGGUGUUCUCGGGAAUGAUCUUGAAAGUCGAAGAGGAGAUCUAAACAGAAACACAGACUCUUCUCAAAAACCAUUUUCAGAGUUUUUAAAGACAAUUCUCUAAAACAAACACUUUUUAUGAUGGGUAAAAAAUUCCUCGUGUUUUGUAGGUCACGGUAAAUGCUACAGUAGCUCUUUUUUUAGUGGGUCAAGAUUCUUGGGUAUAUUAUACAUAUAGCCUUUUUUGGUUGCCCAAUAUGGGACAGGAUAUCAUUCUUUUUUAUAACCAGCAGCGCUGUCCAUUUAUGAGAAACAAUUUUGUAUCGGUUCUUUUUAUUGUGAAAGAUAUUUUUCUUACAUAAA